CCGCUGAACAUUAUCUUGUUUGUUGUCAUGUGGCGGCAAAGUUGAGAUUUGUCGUCGUGAUAGUUUUGGAAGAAGUCAAAUCAAUCCAUUUCGAUCUGACACGCACGUCGCAAUGUCUACGGAACAAGAGCAAGAAGCCCCGUCAUCGCCUGAAAUCCACUUCGAACCGGUCGUUACAUUAGCGAAAGUGGAAGUAAAAACGUUUGAAGAAAACGAAGAAGAAAUGAUUAAAUUAAGAGCAAAGUUAUUUCGAUAUAUUAUUGGUCAGCAUGAUACAUCACCUGAAUGGAAAGAAAGAGGGGUUGGUGAAGUAAAGAUAUUAAAAACUCGUGGAAAAAAUUCAUACAGGCUUGUUAUGAGGCGGGAGAAGACACUUAAAGUUUGCGCCAAUCACUUUUUGACUAAAGAUAUGGAGCUGAAACCCAACUGUGGAAGUGAACGUGCAUGGGUAUGGACUGUGGCUGCAGACUAUGCUGAUGAAGAACCACAAAAAGAGACCCUUGCAAUAAGAUUUGCAAAUGCUGAGAAUGCAAAAAAAUUCAAGGAAGUAUUUGACAGCUGCAAGGAAAAAGUUGCACCUACAAAGAAUGAUGUGGAAAGCGAGAAACUAGCAAACGAGCUGGAAAGUUUGAAAGUUAAUGAUAGUGGCUCAACAGCAGGUCCCAGCAAAUUAUCCGCUAAAGAACUAGAAGACAAAGAAUCCACAAAGGAAAAUAGUACUGAUAACAUACCUGAAACUCAAGUUGAAUCUAAGACAGAGACUUCUGAUAAACAAGAAGAACAAGACUGACCUCAAAAUAAGUGUGAGAUUACUAUUCAAACAUUUCCCUUGGGUAUUUUACAUGAUUAAACUGUUUCAUUUUAAAAUUUUUGCACUUCUUAAGUAAUGGUAUACGUAGUUGUGUGGUAUUCCUUACACUUAAUAAUUCUCUAAAGUAAGAUAUUGUUUUUAUAUGCUACUCAUAAGAAUACCAAUGAAUAAUUCUUGUACGUGUUGUUGGGAAAUAAAUAUAUAACGUCAAGAAAGCAA